AUGGCAUCCUUUGGCGUACGCGGAGUAAAUCAACCAUUUGGCAUUAAAAUCGGCUGUUGUCGUGUGUGCACCUGCAUCAACUUUGGAUUUGUGGCUUCCCGGGCUGGAAUGCUGAAGCUGAUGCAGCUGGGAUUGGCAACCUUAUGUGAGGGAUUGUUGAUUCAAUAUGGUCUGCCCUAUGCGGAUUCCAUUGGCCAGGCGCUGACCAGUUUGCUGGCCACAACUGGACAUUGUUUUAGCACCACGUCAAUUCUUUUCCUUUGCUACUGCUUUUCGGAUAAAUCAUAUUCUUUGAUUCGACAAUCGCUUUUCGAGACGCUCUUCAAUGCGUUGGCCUGUUGCAUGUACUUUAGUUCCGCCAGCUACAUGGGAUUCAUCUGCAUUGUCUGGUUGCAUCCUCAGUUUCUCAUACGUCCAGGUUUUUGGGCAUAUCCAGCCAUGACUGCCACCUAUUAUAUGGCGUACGCAGCGGGAAUUCUACAUGCCAUCGAUGCGUUACUCGCCUUCAAGCAUUUUCGAGGAAAUCGUUGAAAAAAAAAGAUGUUCGCAAUGUAAGUACCAAGGCUGCAAACCACCAAGAUUUUAAUUAAGUUUCGGUUUGGUGGUUCGAACCAUUGAGCGAGACUUAGGUUCGGUUCGCAAACCAGCUUACACACCUCCUAAGGUUUGGGUUCGAACC